UUGAUCAGGCGUUCACAGCAGCCGCCUACGUCAUUCCCUUUUCAUUCAAGAUGGCGGGCGAUGAGUCUGGUACAACGCUUGGUCAGCCUCACCUGGCCAAACAAGACCUCAGUUCUUUAGAUGUCUCCUCCCUGACACCUCUGUCCAGAGAGAUCAUCAGCAGACAGGCCACCAUCAAUAUUGGUACAAUCGGUCAUGUGGCCCAUGGAAAGUCCACAGUGGUGAAGGCCAUUUCUGGUGUUCACACUGUCAGGUUCAAGAACGAGCUGGAGAGGAACAUCACCAUCAAACUAGGAUAUGCUAAUGCUAAGAUCUAUCAACUCGAUGACCCCAGCUGUCCCAGGCCAGAGUGCUACAGGUCGUGUGGCAGCAGCACUCCAGAUGAGUUUCCCACAGACAUAUCCGGCACCAAGGGCAACUUCAAACUGGUCAGACACGUGUCAUUUGUGGACUGUCCUGGUCACGACAUUUUGAUGGCAACUAUGUUGAAUGGAGCCGCUGUUAUGGACGCUGCACUGCUGCUGAUUGCGGGGAACGAGUCGUGUCCCCAGCCGCAGACGUCAGAGCACCUGGCAGCCAUCGAGAUCAUGAAGCUGAAGCACAUCCUCAUCCUGCAGAACAAGAUCGACCUGGUGAAGGAGAGCCAGGCGAAGGAGCAGUACGAGCAGAUCCUGGCCUUUGUACAGGGCACAGUAGCAGAGGGAGCUCCCAUCAUUCCCAUCUCAGCCCAGCUGAAGUACAACAUCGAGGUGGUUUGCGAGUAUAUCGUCAAAAAGAUCCCAGUGCCCGUCAGAGACUUCAUUUCCGAGCCCAGACUCAUUGUCAUCAGAUCUUUUGACGUGAACAAACCCGGCUGUGAGGUGGACGACCUGAAAGGGGGCGUGGCAGGAGGAAGUAUCCUAAAGGGCGUGCUGAAGGUGGGGCAGGAGAUUGAGGUGCGGCCCGGUAUCGUCUCAAAAGACCACGAAGGAAAGUUGAUGUGCAAACCCAUUUUCUCCAAGAUCGUGUCUCUGUUUGCCGAACACAACGAUCUCCAGUACGCUGCCCCCGGUGGUCUCAUUGGUGUCGGCACCAAGAUCGACCCGACGCUGUGCCGCGCAGAUCGUAUGGUUGGCCAGGUGCUCGGCGCCGUCGGAGCACUGCCGGAAAUCUUCACCGAGCUGGAAAUCUCCUACUUCCUGCUCAGGAGGCUGCUGGGCGUCCGCACGGAAGGAGACAAGAAGGCUGCCAAGGUGCAGAAACUGUCCAAGAACGAGGUUCUGAUGGUGAACAUCGGCUCACUGUCGACAGGAGGUCGAGUUAGCGCCGUGAAGGCCGAUCUGGCCAAGAUCGUCCUCACAAACCCUGUGUGCACGGAAGUGGGAGAGAAGAUUGCACUGAGUCGACGAGUGGAGAAACAUUGGCGUCUGAUUGGCUGGGGACAGAUCAGGAGGGGCGUGACCAUCACACCCACAGUGGACGACGACUGAGCAGAACGAAGUGGGACGCGGCCGUGAAGUUGCCAUCGACGACCAUCAACACUCUACGUUGCUGCUUUUUAUUUUUUAUUUCUUUUGGUUUUUGUUUUCCCUCACGAGGAAGACGACGAGGACAGAGCUGGACAUGUCAGUGGUUUGAAGACGCCUCCUCCUCUUCCUUGCCUGACGAGGAAGAGGAGGCGGGGCUUAGCUGGGCUUCAUCUGUGAAGCACAGGUUUGUUCUCCUGUAAUGUUCACACAGAUUUCACUCACAGAUAAUAAACACAUUUGGAAGAAA